AUGCCACCUACUCUCGACUUGAGUAGGACGAGACACUCCAAAAUGAUUAUCUCUCCGCCCCGAAUCAACCUGCGGAGGGCAGCCUCUUACCACCACGACAAGGGCCCCCUCUCUGCGACAUCCUCCCGUUUCAACUUCGACCACCUCAUGUUCUCUCCUCCUCCGUCACCAAGCCUACCGUCGCUCUCGCCUCCGCUGCGCAAACCGUCCAAAGGAUUCGCGGGAUUCGUCCGGCCCAGGAGGGUUGUCCGUUACAUCCUGUACACAUGCGGACUUGUUUUUGUUUUCUACGCGAUCAAGUGGUUAUUCACACAGAGCCCGGUGCUCUCCUUCCUUUCUCGGCCGUAUGACCACUCGCUAGUGUCACGAGCCGACCUACCAGAUCACCCAGCACCCAUCUUGUUGACCGAAUCGCGGGGCAGGACCAGCUGGACAGUUUCGAUACCCCAAGGGUCGGAGUUCCCUCCUACCGCCGAGCAGUUUGCGGACGUGUGUGAAAAGUGUCGGGAGACGGCGGAACGGGUGCAGAAACUGCGAUCACAGAAGAGCAGCAUACAACAAACAUAUCUGGGGUUUCUGUCUGAUGUGACUGACUCCCACUUUAUCGACGUAAAGGAAGCCCAGCAGGCUGGGUACCUACCCGCGCCCGCGGACAGAGCGCAAGACGUGGUGAAGACUCUAGUGGGGGAAACCGUAGAAGGGACGAUACCGAAGCCUGUUUGCGAGAAAAGCUUGACGUUUGUUCUCGAGUCAGGCGACGCCGGGUUGGGAAAGACUCUGAUGAUGCUCUGGACGGCCUACGGGCUGGCGCAAAAAGAAGGCCGCGCCUUCUUCAUCGACGACAGCCGCUGGAGCUACGGGAAGUACAUGGACAUCUUCCAAGCACCUCCUCGCGAGGACUGCGGACCGCCUCCCAGACACGAGAUGCUCCCCUGCCCACUCGAAGCGCGCCACCUGGUCGUUUCCACCCGGACGGCCAUCGACCUUUUCGGCGAGCUGCUUGUGGGAGGCUCCUCCGACGACCCACUAGAGCGACUAGAACCGUCCGCACAAAAGAAGAUGUUCAACCUCGCCCGCCAAGGCCACGACGCGCUCUUCCGCCUCAACAAAGACGACAACGUCUACGUCGACAACCGCGUCCGCGACCUCAUGGCCAAGCGGAUCGUGCCCAAGACCAAAGGAAAACAAAACGGCCUGGCCAUCGGCAUCCACGUCCGCCGCGGCGACCGCCACCCCUUCGAGUUCCAGUACCGUUCUUCCUACAUGCCCGUCAACAUCUACGCCGAAACCGCGCGCGAGAUUUUGGAGGAUAAGUUCAACCACACGGGCCCGCACGGGGCCGAGGACGCCGUCGCCAAGUCCCACAGCCUCAUGAUUCUUGCCUCGGACGACCCCAUGAUCUACCAAGCCACCGAGUUCAAGGGCGCAACUCUCGCGCAGGAGCGCAUCAAGCUGGCCGCCAAGCAGGAGAUGAAGCAACCCGAGCUCGACAGGAAUGUGAUGCACAAGUUCCACGACGAGGCGUUCGGCUGGGAGGGCGGGUUUUUCUCGGCCAUGUUCUGGAACCUGGGCCAGUCCAGCUCCAGCGCGGAUGUAGAGGCUCACAAGAAAAGUCCAUCGGCUGAUGCGAUCCGGCUUAGGAGCCUGGUGGGCCGCGCGUACAUGAUGGAUUUGGCUGUGCUGGCGGACGCGAGCGAUGUGGUUAUUUGUACUGUCAGUGCGGUGGGAUGCAGGUUGUUGGCGGUCAUGAUGGGCUGGGAGAGUGCGAUGGAGAAGGGGAAUUGGGUUAAUAUUGAUGGGGGGUAUGGGUGGAGGGGUGUUUCUUCGUGA